AUGUUUGCAAAAGCUGGCUUAAGACCUAUUUACGGAAGUACAGCUCGAGGAGCGGCUCGUAGACCCUUCUUGGGCCGUCAAUGGCAAGGUAUGUUAUGGAUGUUGGUAUUGAUUACAAGUAUAAUAGUAGGAUGGUCACUAAUUCAUGUGGAUUUUGCAGUAUACGGACAAUUGCGCCGAGGCUUUUUCUCUGGCAAAGGUUCUUGGGGUUGGCAGAGUGGUACAAGUUCAACAGUCCCGCAGGAUGGAUCCCAACAGUUUAAUUACAAGGCAGUGGUGGCAUUUCAGCCAAAGGAUAGGGAUGAUCCCGUUUAUAAGGCUCUUGCCGGGAAGUUCUCCCCCACGGGUGAGGACAAUUAUUUUAUUAGAAGCGUAAAUCCUACGGAGUUUUAUGCCGGAGUUGCAGAUGGAGUUGGAGGCUGGGCGGAACACGGAUAUGAUUCAAGUGCGAUUUCAAGGGAGUUGUGCAGUGCAAUGAGUGAAUUUGCACUGUCUGUGGGGGUCCCACCAAAGAAGUUGAUUGAAUUAGGGUACGAUAAGAUCCAAAAGGAGGGUACAGUACAGGUGGGCGGCACAACCGCCAUAGUGGCACAUUUCACACCAGAGGGUAAGUUGCAAGUGGCUAACUUAGGCGAUUCGUGGUGCGGUGUCUUCAGAAACGAUCAAUUGGCCUUCCAAACUAAAUAUCAAACUGUCGGGUUUAACGCCCCUUACCAGCUAGCGAUUGUUCCUGAACAAAUGGUGAAAGAAGCUGAAAGACGCGGUGGUAGCUACAUUAGAAACCAGCCUGCAGAUGCCGACGAAUAUACGUUCCAAUUGGAGAAAGGCGAUAUCGUUUUUCUAGCCACGGAUGGUGUCACCGAUAACGUCGCCACGGAAGACAUGGAGUUAUUCCUGAAGGACAACCAGUCUUUGGUGGGGUCGGAUUUGCAGAAGGCAUCGCAAGAAUUCGUCGACAAGACUGUCCAACUCAGUAAGGACCCGGACUUUCCCUCAGUUUUCGCACAGGAAGUGUCUAGAUUAACCGGACAAAGGUACAUGGGCGGCAAGGAAGACGAUAUUACGCUAGUCGUCGUGAAAGUCGAAUAG